ACACACACACACACACACACACAAAUGCACGCUGUGGUGGAGUCGACUGAGGAAGGAGGGAGAAGCGUCGAAUUCAAGCAAAUGUCAAGUUUCCAGAGAGAAAAUGACGCUGCUAAAUCUCUGUUCAAGAGGCUUGAGUGUGCAGUUUCUCCCAUCGUGUCCGGCGAGUACAGUCACCACCGGGACAGAGCAGUGAUGGCAUCCCGGGUCUCCUUCACCCAAGCCCGCGUAGAAGCGGAGCUGGAGCGCUACCGGGCCGAGUGCCAGUGGGACAAGAUGCCGAUGAUCAUCGAGCAGAUGAAGGUGGCGCGGAUCCACGAGGACGAUGACUACGGGAUGCUGCUGACGGCCGAGAUGCUGCUGGAGGAGUGCCUGCAGGAAAACCAAGACCUUUUACUAAGCUCCACCCCUUUGAUGGACAAGACCCAGCCCAGACUGGGCCGUGCGAAAAGCCACCUUAACACCGUCCUCAGCCGAGGCCGUCUCACACCCAGGUAUCUGAACGAGGCUCUCCUGCUGAUGGCUAAAGUUCACUUUGUGCAGGGUCGCUACCGCGACGCUCAGGGCAUGUGUGCCAGGGUGGGACUGGAGGAGCUGACCCAGAACGAGCAGCCGACCUACCACCUCCGCCUGCUGGCCGAGGCUUUUGUAAUCAAAGGUCUGUCUCUGGACCACCAGACAGUUUCGGCAUCGUCACGUGUCCGCCUGUCAGAGAGGGAGGAGGAGUGUCUGUCCUGUUACCUCAGGGCCUGUGACGCUGCCCUGUCCUACCUGCAGGAGCUCGAUAAGAUUUCAGUAAUAACACCCCACACCAAAACAGCCAAAGCCAGUCUAGCUCCAUCACCAGUGGAUAUCGACCUGGGCUACUUCCUACAGGCUUCCUUACAAAGUGCUUACCUUUGUCUGCUGCAGAGGGGCCAUCUAGCACAGGGUGCUCACCAGCUGCGUAGGGUCCUCAGGGUGGUGGAGUCACGAGGGUCUCAGAACUUCAGGAAGUCUGCAGCGAGAAAGCUAGCUGAGGUGCUGCUGAGCUCCGUCAGUGAGGACAGCUACUGGCCCCCGCUGGGCCCCCCACCCUCAGCCUGGCUCCACAGAGAGGGAGCCGCCGCCUCCAAAGACGCCAUCUACCCCACUGUUAAACCCCCGCAGCGUUACAGCACCGACGGUUGCUUCUGUCCUCAGGACGUGGUGGAGGAAGCUGUGCUGCUGCUGCUCAUCACAGAGUCCAUGGCCAGCGGCGAGGCGGUGAUCAGCCGUCUGCCAGACCAGGCGGAAGCCCGUCAGGCCAGCCUGCAGGAUGCCACCUCUGUUUAUGACCUGCUCACCAUCGGCAUGGCCAGGAGAGGGCAGUACGGCAUGCUUUCUGAGUGUCUGGAGCGAGCCAUGAAGUUUUCCUUCAACGAGUUCCACCUCUGGCACCAGCUGGGCCUGUCACUCAUGGCGGCUGGGAAGGGCAUUGGUGCUGUGUCUGUAUUUAAAGAGUGUGCCAGCAUGAAACCAGAGGACACCUCACUGCCCCUUUUGGCUGCUAAAGUCUGCAUUGGUCAACUUCACUGGUUUGAGGAGGCCGAGGCCCUGUCGCAGAGCGUGGUGUCCAUGGGCGAAGAAGCCGAAGAAUUUCUACCUCGGGCCUACCUGUCCCUGGGACUCUGUUGCAGUUUACAGGCCUCUGAUGCCACUUUGAAAGGUGAUCGAGAUGAAUUAAACAAAAAAGCCUUAAAAGCUUUGAGCAAGGCUCAUUCACUAGACCCCCAGGAUGCUCAGAUUGCUAUGUACCUGGCUCUGCAGCUGGCUCUUGUGCGCCAGGUAUCAGCAGCCACUGAGCCCCUGCAGGCAGCUUUAUCUCUCCGUGGGGAUGAUUUACACUCCCUCCACCUGCUGACUCUGCUGCUGAGUGCCCAGAAACACCACCGUCAUGCCCUGGACACCCUAAGCCUGGCUCUCAGCCAGCACCCCAGCAAUUUCAAUGAGACAGAUGACAGCAGCAGUAUACCCAUGGCUGAGAGGGUGGAGCUCAGCUCUGGAGCCAGGAAACCCUCCAUCCACCUCACCCUGCCUGACUUCCAGGAGGCCUUCACAGGUUCACAGAGCCCUUCAUCAGUUGCAGCGUCUCGUCUGGAAGCGGCACUCUCCGAGGUGUCGGACCUCAGCUCCUCCCGUCGCCAAGGACCCACCUACAUCUGGGCCACCCUGGAGUCAAUUUGGCUGCAGGCUGGGGAGUUGUUCAUGGCGGAUGGUCGGCUAAAGGAGGCCCAGUUCUGCAUAGCCGAGGCCAGCGCGCUCUUCCCCAACUCGCACUCAGUCCUGCUGCAGCGGGGCCACCUGGCUGAGCUCAGGGGCCAACUGGAUGAAGCCAAAAACCUGUAUGACGAGGCCCUGGCCAUCCAUCCCACGGGAGAGCGCAUUCUUGUGCACAUGGGCUGUCUGCUGGUGAAAACCGGGCGUGUCCAUCUUGGGGAAAAGGUCCUGCGUGACGCGGUUCAGGUACACAGCACCUCCCACGAGGCGUGGAGUGGCCUGGGCGAGGCCCUGCAGUCUCGGGGCUCUAGCCAGGCUCCCGACUGCUUCCUGACAGCCCUGGAGCUGGAGGCUUCCUGCCCCAUCCGGCCCUUCACCGUUAUCCCCAGGGAGCUUUGAGGGGCCCGGGCUGGGGUGCAGGUUAGGGUUAGGGUUCAGGGAAUUAUACUGUGAUA